UUUUCCUGAUGCAGACUCUCAGUAGUGUGCGCGCAGAUCCCCAGGCGCGCGCUGGAGCUCCUCGGGGCUGAGGUUAGAGUCGGAGGCCUCCUCUGUGCGCCGCGCUCCCCGCGAUGAGUCAGUAUCAGAUUACACAUUCACACGCUCGCGCGCAGACCGCCCGUCGCCCCGACCAAUUGCCCCAUUCACAGCAGCGCCGGAGACGGCUGUCCCCGCUGAUUGGCUGAUCCGCUCCGGGGCUAAAGGAAACCAACGGAACUUUCCCACGGCCUGCGCGUGCUGACAGGCGGCCGGCCUCCUCCCUGCCGCCGCCUGGGCAAGACGCCGGUGGAGCACGGGGAAGGGCGGGGCUCUCAGGGCUGAGAGAACCGCUCUCAGGAUUAAGAUUCGCUCUAAUUGGCUCUUCGUCGAAAUUAUGCAAAUUACUAAGGCGUGUUUAGAACGCAGCUCCGGCGAACUGUACGCCUCCGAACGCGAAGGCGCGCACUGAUUGGCUCUGUUUGGCGGCAAGACCCGCCCCUCGCGGCGUGCUGUGGUGUUGAAAUGACACCGUGGGAAAGCCUGGCUGUUCAAACGGACGAAAACCGCAGCAGACUCACCUGAAACAGCACGGACAAGACGCACACUCAGAGCUUCAGAAUGAAGAGAAAUCACGACUUCAGCUCCUCUGACAGCGAGCUUGAUGAGAAUAUUGAAGUGGAGAAGGAGAGCGCCGACGAGAACCUCGGUAUGAGCUCUCCUCUCGGAUCAGUUUCUCCCUCUACAACAUCACAAGUACAAGCAAGAAAACGUCGCCGAGGGAUUAUUGAAAAGCGGCGUAGAGAUCGCAUUAAUAACAGCCUGUCUGAACUGCGCCGACUUGUUCCGAGUGCUUUUGAGAAACAGGGCUCAGCUAAACUGGAAAAAGCAGAGAUUUUGCAGAUGACUGUGGAUCAUCUGAAGAUGCUUCAUGCAGCUGGGGGCAAAGGUUACUUUGACGCCCAUGCUUUGGCGAUGGAUUAUCGUGGCUUGGGCUUCCGUGAGUGUCUGGCAGAGACAGCCCGAUACCUGAGCAUCAUCGAGGGCCUGGACAACACCGACCCACUCCGCAUUCGCUUGGUGUCCCACUUGAGCAACUACGCCACCCAGAGAGAGGCUCACACAGGUCUGGGUCAUCUAGCCUGGGGCUCGGCAUUCAGCACUCCUCACCUGGCACAUCACCUCCUCUUACCACAGCAUCAGCAGGGGGCAUCAUUAUCACGCAACCCUAGCAGUCCUCCAUCAUCAUCCUCAUCGUCACCCUCCUCUUCACCGUCAGCGCCCUCCUCAGAGCCUCGUGGCUGCAGCAGGCUGACUGUCACAGCGAUCAGCGAGGCAGGACAGAGCGGGCCGCUCAGGGUACCCCCUGCAACAGGUGCCGUUCCCCCAGGGCUCGCGGCAGCGUCGGCAUCGAAGCUUUCUCCUCCACUUCUCACGUCCCUGUCCAGCCUCUCGGCUUUCCCCUUCCCUCUGAGUGCUUUUCCUCUGCUCUCACCCAGUCACGCCACCCCCUCCAGCAGCCUGGGAAAGCCCUAUCGUCCAUGGAGCAUGGAGAUCGGUGCUUUCUGAACUCUUAAUCCCGGUCUCCUGGAGAAAUGACUUUUUUUCAGACCAGAAAAGACUUUGAAGAACGAUGGGAGUUUGCCGGUCAGUACUCAACAAAGUGGAAAGACAACCCAGGACUUAUGUACCAGUGUGUGUGUGUGUUUUGUUUUUUUUGUUUUUUUUACAGAAUUACAUUUCCUUCAAAUUUGAGCUAAUCAGGGAUAGGUUCUACUGGUAGCCAGGUUAACGUCUUAAGGUUUCAAGUCAUUAACUUCUGAAACUGUUUUUUUUUCUGUUUUUAGUAAAACAGGGUGUUGUGCUGGUACAAUGCUCUGCCUGGAUACUGAGGGAAAGAUAGGUGUUUUAAUGAAAUGGGUGUUUUGGGCCUGAGGUACUGAUACAUUUAAAUAGUUGGCACUGAGUGUAAAAACUAGAUCCAAGUUUUUAUUAUAAUGAAAAGUAAUAAGUAAUAUCAGUGUGUAGUUCCAAAUGAGAGGCAGAAUAUUGUCUCGAUGCCUUGUCUCGAUAUUUUAAUUAACACCCAUAAAAUUCAACUCCUGAGUCAUAUUUCGAUUCAUGACUCAAGGGCAAAAUAUAAAGUGAUUAUUGUACUCCCUCUCACAUCUUGGCAAGAUACCAUAUUUUUGUAUUAUCUUUGUAUUUGACUUUGUAUUUCUACAAAGUUUAAGAGCUAUGCAAUCGAUCAGUAGUAUUACAAGAUUACAAGAUCUCUAUGGUUUUAGAUCUGGAGCUUUCUUAUGUAUAAAUACAUACAGUAAAACCUAUGCAACAGAGCCUUUGUCGCAAAUGAAUUAGGAUUUUGUCUGUGACUUGCAACCUUUUUUUCACAUCUAUUUAUAUGAAAUAUCUUGAACUGUGGUAGCCAGGUAUUGGGGUUCAAUUGCUGUUGAACCCCUUCUUUAAUCAUGACAGCUUUUAACACUAUUUCAGAAGGGACAAUCUCUCAAAAAGUCACUAAAUAAAUAAUGUAAAAUAUAA